AUGAAGUUUGCAAUUCUCGCCGCCCUGGUUGCCGUGGCCACCGCCGUUCCCCAAGGCUACGGUGCUCCUCCCCCGCCUCGCUAUGCAUCCAGCGAAGAAAUAUCUAUUCUAAGGGACGACCGCAUAAUGGAAGACGACGGCAGGUACAACUUCGACGUGGAGACCGCUAACGGCAUCACUUUAUCGGAGUCUGGUGCUCCCGGCGUAAAGGGAGCCAUCAACAGUGCUGGCUACUUCUCAUACACAGCACCCGACGGCACUCCUGUUUACGUAAAAUUCGUAGCCAACGAAAACGGCUUCCAACCCGAGUCCGACCUCCUGCCCGUGGCCCCCGAGUUCCCCCACCCGAUCCCUCAGUUCGUCCUCGACCAGAUUGCCUUCGCCGCCGAGGAGGACGCACGCAACGCAAGAAGGCCUUCAGCCACCUACGGCGCCCCACAGUAA